AGUCCUUCAUCCACCAUCUCAAUGAAUAAAGCUUGGGCCUCUGCCAACUUCCCCUUGCAACAUAAACCAUGAAGUAGGGAGGUAUAAAGUCACAUCAGGAGAAAUUCCCUUUCCUUCAUCUCUGUAAAAAGCAGUUUUGCCUUUUCCACCAUACCCUCCUUACAAAGCCCCUCAAUCAAGGUCCCAUAAGAAAUUACAUUAGGGGGACAACCAAAGACCAUCAUUUUCCCCAACAACAUGGUAGCUACACCAAUCUUACCGUUGAUGCGCAACCCCCUGAUUAAAGUGGUGAAAGUCAAAGCGUUUGGGCUACAACCCACCCUCAAAAUCCUCCCAAAAACCGCAAGACGGUCACGGACUCGAGCCGUUGCACCAAGCACCACAUUGAAGGCUGUGACCGUUGGAACGGCGUAUCCUGAGCAUGUAAUCAAAGAAGUGGUUUGCUUCAUCGAUGUUGAUGAUUCCCAAUUUGCAUCUUACAUUUAGAAAAUAGCAGAGGGGAUCUCGAUUCUGAACAGUAGGGGAACAGUUUGGAUCGUUCUGUAAGGCUUUGGGAUUCGAAGCGACAUGGUUGUGUGUGGAAGUGAAGGGUCUGCGGACAAUCCAUGGAGAAGAUCAAGAAAAAGACGACGACAAU